AUGAAGAAGGCGGGGACGGCGCUGCUGGUUUUGGCGGCGCUGGGCUGCGCGACAGCGGCGAGCGCGAGGACGCUCGACGACCGGACGUCGGAUUCGGAGUACACCAGCGCGAUCGCUCGACGAAAGCUCUUGGGAUCUCAGGGCGACGGUACACCAGUGUUGGAUUGGAUUCUCGCGCGACAAAGCGGUGAGGAAACUGCGACGCCAGUGUUGGAUUGGAUUCUCGCGCGACAAAGCGGCGAGGAAACGUCGACGCCCGUGCUAGAUUACUUUCUGGACUUUGCGACCGAUAACACCCUCUUCGGGCCGACGACGUUCGUCGAGCGCGUGGUGAAUCGCGCCACGACUUUUUUCUUUUCUGAGCUCUUGCGGUUCAAUUUGACAGCCACGGUCGAGCGCCAGUCAGAUGAAAGCGCGAGAGCGGCGCUCGCGCCGACGAGCUGGAACUCAACCUUUGCCCAAAAUCUAUAUUCGUACGUCGAUGACGACGGCCAGUUUGGAUACAACCCGUUGAACGUGAGUAAAUUUGUCGAAAACGAUGUGUGUGGCUCUGAUUUCUUGCGCGCGAAUCUCGACGACACGGCGAUGGACGACGCGUACUGGCAAGCCGCGGACUUUUCCGGCACAGAAAUUCCUCGAGGUCGCUACGAGGGGUGUAUCCUCGGUACCGGGACGUACGAAGCGAUCGCCCGCGCGUACGGCGUUCGUAGAACAUUCAAUUUCGACAGCUGGCGCGGCAAAGUCUUUGAUCAAAUCGAUCCUGCGUCAGUAAGGAAUCUGAUUCAGUUGAAUUACGGCACCUUACUGAACAGCGUCUUCCCACGACUGGCGGAGCCAAUCGAACUCUACCCGGGCCGAGCCGAAAUCAGUUCUUCCAACUUUCAGCCGGGCACGAACGCUGUCGUCGUCGAUUACAGCUCGUUCAAUCACGACUUUACGUACUUCCGCGAUGAGUUGCGACCGAUUUACCCGGGCGUUUUCCUGGGGAAAAUGUACGCAAUGCCCGGAAUGUCGAUGUUUGGAGGCGCGCUGCAAGUGCCGAUCGGCGCCGCUCCGGUAUACACCGUGAGCUUUAUCCUCGUCGGCGAGCCGCAAACGACGAUGCCGUUGCAAGUCGUUUAA